ACUGGAUUCUGGAGAUGCAGAACUUGGGUGACACGUACACAGAGCAUCUUCUGCCAAGUCAGCCAGACGAGCAUCUUGAUUCAAAAGGAGCUUCUCUUUGUUACCACAUACUGAGCCAGGCCAAAGAGACUCCAAAGGAACAGCAUGGACAGCUUAGACCUCCUCAAGUUCCCUUCUGAAAAGGACCAGAAUGGGGACAGCCACCAUGUGGGAGAGCUGAAGAUCUCGGGGAAAGAGUUCCUGUCGUUACCUGCGAGGACGAGGAAAUACCGGGAACACCAAUCCAGUUUGGAGAGGAAGUCCCAGGGACCGAGUGCAUCACCCUUGGAUGCUGGGGAAGUCCGAGUCCAGGUGUCACAGUCGAAAAUCAACCGGACCCCUUCGGAUGAGGAAUGCUUCUUUGACCUGUUGAGCAAGUUCCAGAGCAACCGGAUGGAUGAUCAGCGCUGCCCGCUGGAGGAGUGCCCGUCGGAGGCUGCGGAGGGAGCUGCCACCCCGGUGCCUGCCCUGGGAGAGCGGAUAUCCCAGUCUGCCCUGAUGGCAUCUCCGCAGACAGAGGAGUUCUUCGACCUCAUCGCCAGCUCCCAGAGCAGGCGCCUGGAUGACCAACGUGCCAACGUGGGCAACCUGCCGGGGCUGCGGAUAACCCACAACAACCUGGGGCACCUGCGUGUGGAGGGGGACGCCCAGGAGCCCGGGGACGAGUUCUUCAACAUGCUCAUGAAGUGUCAGUCCUCCAGGAUCGAUGACCAGCGCUGUGCCCCCCCUGACUCCAUCCCCCGGGGUCCCACCAUGCCGGACGAAGACUUUUUCAGCCUCAUCCAGCGUGUCCAGGCCAAGCGCAUGGAUGAGCAGCGGGUGGAUUUGGCCUCGGCCCAGGAGGAGGCUGAGGAGGAGCAGCACAGGCCUGGUUCCAGCUAAGAACUGGGCUUUGGUCUGGGGGGGUUGUUUUGGCUUUAUUUGGUUUUUUUUUGUUUUUAAGAAAAAAAAAAGUGAGUGGUUUCAAACCCGAGGGCUCCUGUGCUACCACAGACUUGUCCCAGGAGCCACCCCAGGGGUGUGGGAGCUGCACCUCCGUCCUGUUGCUACAGGAAGGCCCAAUGGAUAUGGGGCACAAUUUUUAAACAAGGGGUUUUUUUAGGACACACGGCCCCUGUAACACUGGGCACGAGGGAAGGCUUUGGCAGCCCCUUUGCUGAUCACCUAAAAACCCAGGAACUUGUAGGAGCCCAGAGGGGGUAGUUAACUCCAGCCUUGAUGUCUUUUAUUUCCACAACACUUUUAAUUAAAUGGGGGAAGGGAAGAGCACCUUUUCCAUUUUGAAGGCCUCCUGUACUGCCUGCAUCACGAGGUGACACAAAUGACUCUGGAUCCUUCCCUGGAACAUCUUGCUCAGCUUUGUUCCUUCUACAGGAGAAAAUAAGCCCAAGUCUGAGGCCAUACCAGUUCUUUAACUCUUACCCCACCCCAGCUGCAUCGUCGUCCCACACACCUGAGUGUAUUUUAGGUUUGCUGAGGACUCUGCAGAGCCCUGGACUCCUCCCUGCUUCCCCAGCUCUGGGCAGAGCUGUCCUGGGACCUCUUGGGCAGGAGCAAAGCCUGGCUCACCCUGAGCUUUAGUGGGACUUGUUACCUCUGGAGCUCAGCCAGCUGUGCAGGCCCAGGGCAGGGGCUGUGCCUAGGAAGGGGAAGGUCUCUUCUCAUGUGUUCUGCCCAUGGCAAAUGUGGGCAGCACUGGUGCCACUGAGCCAAGGUCUCAGGCAGGUGAGGGUGCCUGAGGCAGAACCUGCGUGUGACAGGGACCUGCUUCGACAGCCAGCAAAGCUUUCUGCCCACAGCUUGUCCUUCCUCCUUGUCCUCCUUGUCCAACAGCAGCUCGGGAUAAUGGCCCUUCAGCCUCCCUGUUUCUCCCCAAACCAGUGCUGAGCUGCUCCUGGCCCUGGCAGAGCUGCUCCGGGCAAGGCACCGCGGCUGUGCCCCACCCGGCUCCAAUACCUGGAGCCUCAGAGGAGCCCCAGCCACAUUUACUGUCAUUCCUUCCCCUUUUGGACCAGUUGGAAAAGCUGGAGGAGGGGAGCAGGGACCUGACUUCAGGAGGUGCAGUAUUUCCCUUUGCUUGACCAGAGACUAUCUUGGACUUCAGAAACUGCAGCACCGAGUUGUGCCGAAGCAGCGACGUUCCUGUAGAGAAUAAAAUCAACACUUCCUGUUUGAAAUGCGUUUGUUGGAAGCAUUCCCAACCAGCAGCGAGAUGUUUUUAGACCAGUGAUGCUGCUCAUGGGGCAUUUUCCCUGCCUGCACUGACCAUGUGGAGUGGUAGCUGCAUUUUACCUGCUACCUGGGAGCACUCACCUGCUGCACGGACCACUUGGCCAAGGCUGGGCCUCCUUCCUGGGGCUGGGAAGAGCUCUGGAGAAGGGAGAGGAGGACCUGCCCAGCCACCUUUGUACCAGCCAAGCUGGCAUUUGUAAAACAGGAAAACAUUGAUGAUGAUGAUGAUGAUGAUGACCUGACCAGCUGCAGGCUCGGGCCUGUGCAGCUCUCAGCCAGGUGGUGAACUGGAAUCUGACCAUUAAGCUUUCAGAGGUAUUAUUGAGGUAUUAUUUGCCAUAUACUUGAAUGUAUGAGCUUAUUUAUUUUUUACAUGUGCAUUUGCUAAUGUCAUUUUAAUGGGAAAUUUCCAACCCACAGGUACUUGUUUUUUUUCUAAAAAAUAAUCUGCCAAAUGGAUUAAUAUAUUAGAAAUGAAUACAGCUCAAGGGGAAGGGAUGUGGGGGGGGUUGUGCUUAAUAAAUAUUUGUGUCUAAGCUUCAGUGCAAA